CUGCAAGCUCAGAGCGUUGCAGAUAUCAGCUGUCGAAGAUUUGUUACUGCUAAGAUGAUACUCUACCUCACUCUGCCUAAGUUUGUUACACUUGUCUGCUACCAUAAUGCUCAUCUACUUUUCUUUUUAAUGGAAACAGAGGAACACAUUCUUCCUAAACAAUUUCAAAUUUAUUCUAAAACAUGCGACAUUUGGAGACAGCAGAGGAGUGGCUCAGGCCUUUUGUUGUUUCAAAGGCUUGGGACUACUGUGUUGUAUGGAAGUUGGGUGAUGAUCCUUCAAGGUUCAUUGAAUGGAUGGGUUGCUGUUGCAGUGGAGGAGGUGGUAGUUAUGUUAAUGUAAAUGUUAAAGAGGAAAGAGAAGUAGAGGUUCCUCUUUGCAGGGAUGUUCACUUUAAGCAUCCUGUAAGGACUAAGGCUUGCGAGGCUCUUGCCCUUUUACCUUCUUUCGUGCCUCUUUAUUCUGGGAUCCAUGGUGAGAUGGUGACAGCAAAAAAACCCAGGUGGCUUAGCCAUGCCCAUGCCUCGGACUCAAUUCCAUCACAUGAAUCAAUUGGAACCCGAGUUUUUGUCCCAGUUUUUGGUGGUCUUAUUGAGCUCUUUGCUGCCAAAAACAUACCUGAAGAUCCGAAGUUCCUAGAGUUAAUAAUAGCUCACUGUAAUUUCUCCACAGAACAAGUCUUGAGUGCAGGAAGCUAUACGAAUGUGGAUCUUAAUGAAAGUUUUGAUCCUUUGCUGGAAGAGAACUCACAAACUUGCCCUCUUCCACUUCAUUUGUUAACUUUCAUUCCGAGGAUACAUGUUCUUCCCCGAGUAACCCAAUUUAGUACCCAUCUUAGCUAUGAAGGAUCAUCCAGUAGUUACAAUGCUUCAAAUGAAAAUCCAUUAUUUGACUCAAAUUAUGGCUAUGCUCCUCUAAAUGGGCACCUGCAGCAGUCAAUUAAGAAAUCUUCUAGCCAUAAAAAAUCCAAGUACGACAACAAUGUCUUAAAAGAGCAAACAGGGUUAGUACUGGGUUGUGACAAAAAGGCUCUGAAAGGUAUUGAGGGAGCUAUCCGGAAGCCAGGGAGGGAACACUGCCAUUCCAAGAAUCUUAUCACAGAAAGGAAGAGGAGGAACAGGAUUAACGAUGGACUCUUAGCUUUACGCGCUUUAGUCCCCAACAUAUCCAAGAUGGACAAAAUUUCUAUUCUGGGAGAUGCAAUUGAAUAUAUAAAGGAGUUGCUGCAGGAGAUUAAGAACCUCCAAGAUGAGCUCAAGGAAAUUGAUGAACAGGACUGUCAUAAGGAGAAUGCAGAAAUUAAGCCUUCAAAAUUAGAUGCGUUGCGUGAAGGCACCACAAACAUGUCUCCUAUUGAGCACAAUAAAAAUUCCUCCUGCUGUGGCGAAAACAGAAAGACAGAGGUGCAAAUAGAAGUGAACCAUAUCAGCAAAAGAGAUUUCUUGAUAAAGUUGUUAUGUGAUCAGAAGCAAGGUGGAUUUGCGAAGUUGAUGAAAGCUAUAAAUUUUUUAGAUCUUCAAGUAGUUGAUGCCAAUGUUACCACAUCUAAUGGCAAGGUCCUGAACAUUCUCAGGGUUGAGGCACAUAAGAGGGAAAUUCCACUGAAGAAGUUGAGAGACUCAUUGAUCGAGCUAACAGGGCAGACAAAUCAGCUAGUAGAUAUAAAGUAAAGGGUUCAGAGGUUCUAGGAAAAUUGAGGGCUUCUCCAUUCAAUUAACAUUGUGUUCUUAUGUUUCACAAGCCUCCAACAGCUAUGAUGUUUGAAUAUCUACGAACUUUAGUAGGGUUUUUUUUCUUCUGUUGGUUUCUUUAAGGGUUUAAUUUCACUAACUGGAUUUGGUAUGUUGUUAUCCUUUCAUUUAUACAAAAGUUCAAGGCAUUCUCAGUCUGAACUAAUACGACAGUUUCAUUUUCU